AUGGCGGAUUUGGAGAACUUGUUGUUAGAGGCGGCUGGAAGAACCGGUGCGUCAGGAAGAAAUAAUCUCUCUCGUCAGACAAGACGUCGAAGAGAGGGAUCUUAUUCAGACGAUGAUUCAGGAGAUGAUGAUUCAGAUAGCCCAGGGUACAGAGGCAGAAAGCCCUCUGGAUCUCAGGUUCCUCUUAAGAAAAGGCUCGAUCCUGUGGAGAGAGAUAGCAGAGGUGGUCGAGGGGACAAUGGCUACGAUGAUGAUGAAGAUGGACACAGUGGCAAUGAUUCUGACAGUGCCCCAUCAGUCGGAAGUGACCUUUACAGAGAUGAAGAGGACAGGGAAAACCUCGCGAACAUGACUGAGUUGGAUAGGGAGAUGAUUCUGACAGAAAGAAGUAUAAAAAGAGAUGACUACCAGUUGAAGAAGAAGGCGAGGGCGUCGUCAUCAAAGAGUGACAAGAAGUCCAGAAAAGAAACUCCUCCUUUAUCAAGAAGCGGGCGAUCGUCAACCAUAACUGACAAAUCUGCAGCCAAAGAUGAUGCACUGAACGAGAUACUUUCGAAAAGGUUGAGACAACAUGAUUCAGAUGGUUAUCGUAGACCGAGAGAUUCAGGCGGAGGCAUAGACGGUGCAGUUGGUGGGAACCGGGAUUCUUCACCUCCGAAGCGCAAGGCCCAUCCAGUUGCAUCAAGCCCUUCUAGUGACUCCAGCUUGAGCGAAAGCGAAGGCAGGGGCGCAGGGAGGAGAGAGGGAGUCUCUUCAGCCAAGCAAAUGGUCGAUAGUGAUGAUGAUAAUUCUGGGUCUGACACCGAGCCACUUACAUUUGAUGACAUAAAACAGAUCACGAUCCGUAGGUCAAAGCUGGCCAAAUGGUUCAUGGAGCCCUUCUUCGAGGAGCUCGUUGUCGGGUGCUUUGUCCGAGUCGGAAUUGGGAGGACCCGAUCCGGAGUGAGCCUGUACAGGCUCUGCUUCGUUCUGAAUGUAGAUGCCAGUGAUCCCGAUCGUCUUUACAAAUUUGAGAACCGGAGCACCUACAAAUAUCUCAACUGUGCUUGGGGCUCUGAGUCCUCCGCUGCCAGGUGGCAGAUGGCCAUGAUCUCGGACUCUCCCCCUUCCACUGAGGAGUACAAGUCUUUGCUGAAGGAGAUUGAGCGCAGCAAUGGGAGAAUGCCGAGCAGGCAGGAUAUACUAAAGAAGAGAGAGGCUAUUCAGAAGAUCAACAAUUUUGUCUAUUCAGCGGCCACCGUGAAGCAGAUGCUGAUGGAGAAGAAGUCUGCCUCUUCCCGGCCACUGAAUGUGGCAGCCGAGAAGGACCGACUCCGCAAGGAAAUGGAGGUGGCCCAGAGCCGCGGUGAUGAAGCCGAGAUAGAGAGGAUCAAAGACAGGCUGAAGGGCCUGCAGGAUAUGUCCCGGCAGGGAAAGGACGCAAAGGCCGUUCGGCUGGCAGAGAUGAACAAGAAGAACAGGGAGGAGAAUUUCAAGAACGCCUCGGAGUUGAAGCCCGUGAACACCAGCCUGAAGGCUGGAGAAGCGGGAUAUGAUCCCUUUUCGAGGAGGUGGACUCGUUCGACGAAUUACUAUGCGUCAAAACCCGGAGCAGAGGGGGAUGAAACCACUGCAAAUGGUCCCACGGAGAUCUCCUCCGUUCGGCAUGGAGUACCCUUGGUGAAGGCCGGUGAGGUGGCCACAGCCGCCGCUCUUGAGGCAGCGGCGGGGGCAGGGAAGCUGGUGGACACGGCUGCACCAACCGACCAAGGCACCGAGUCAAAUCUGCUGCACAACUUUGAAUUGCCCAUCUCGUUAUCCGGGCUGCAGAAGUUUGGGGGCCCGCAGGGGUCACAGAUGGGGUUCAUGGCGAGGAAGCAGAGGAUCGAGGCCACAAUAGGGUUCAAGUUGCCGGAGAAUGAUGGGAGGAGGCAUUCCUUGACGCUGACGGUCAGUGACUACAAGCGCCGAAGGGGUCUGCUCUGA